AUGGUUAUUUCAAACCAAUAUUGGUUUAUUGAUUGUAUGGAUUUCAUGUGGCAUAAAUUUUUAAGUCAUGGAUGUAGGGCAAAAACUCUAAAGAACCAGAAUGUUUUGUUGUGUGGCUUUGUGAUUAUUGAGACGCCUAUAAGGAGCAAGCUUCCACCAAUAGGGAUGGAUAUGGAUUCUCCAAUUCCAAAUACUCUCCUACACCAUCUCCAUCCUCUCUAUCUCUUAACUUCUCUUACUUUUCAUCAUCCCCUCUAUCACUCUCUACUUUCUCUAACACUUUUGUAUCUUUGUGCAAGAGAAGGGAGAGGAUACAAACUCGGGGUAACAUCGUUGAUGUCAUAG